AUGACGGCAGACGCAGAGGCUGAGAAGUCCGAGGUUGUCGCAAAGCCUGCGACUGGAACUGCGACUGCGACGACUACCGAGAGGCACGCGCCUACGACGGAGGAGAGUGAUCUCCAGGCUGAGAGUGAGCAGGACUUUCGCGAUGACGAUUCUGCUCUCGGGGACGAUGCCGCCAGCAGCACUGCGUCUAUCAACUCGAGCAUCAUGCAGUAUCGUACCGAGAACGGUAGAACAUACCAUGCUUUUAAAGAAGAUAUUAAUUAUAUACUUCCCAAUGAUUCGUCUGAGCAAGACCGAUUAGAUCUGCAACAUCAUCUCUUCAACCUCACUCUUGGUGGAAACCUUUACCUUAGUCCACUUGGACGCGAUAAGCCUGUGCAACGCGCUUUAGAUGCUGGGACAGGAACUGGUGUUUGGGCAAUCGACUUUGCCGAUAGUCAUCCUGAUACACAAGUUCUCGGUAUUGAUCUCAGUCCUAUCCAGCCCAACUUCCUCCCCACAAACCUACAAUUUCAAGUUGAUGACCUCGAAGACGAGUGGACAUACAGCUACAAGUUUGACUUUAUUUUCGGUCGCAUGCUCACCGGUUCUAUUGGAAACUGGCCUAAAUUCUUCCAGCAAGCUUUCGAGGGCCUGAACCCAGGUGGAUGGGUUGAGUGUCAAGAUAUCACCUUCCCCGCUCAGUGCGAUGACGAUACUCUCAAGAAGGGCUCCUUCAUCGAUCAGUGGUCAGGUUACAUGAUCGAAGCGACCAAGAACUUCGGUCGUACUUCGCAGAGCGCCAAAUUUUAUAAGCAGCAAAUGAUCGACGCUGGAUUUGUUAAUGUCACCGAGGUUAUUUACAAAUGGCCUACUAACAGAUGGCCUGCGGAUCCCUACUACAAGGAGCUUGGAUUCUGGUGCAACCAUAACAUAGCUGGCGAGCUUUCAGGUCUUUCCAUGGCUCUCUUCACACGCGGUUUGGGCUGGAGUGCGGAGGAAGUUGAAGUUUUCCUAGCAAACGUCAGGUCUGAUAUGAAGGACCGACGCAUCCAUGCUUGGUGGCCUAUACAUGUUGUUUAUGGCCAGAAGCCAGAGAUUUAA